UAAAAAUUGUCACGAUGAAAACAUAGUAUCUGUUUCACUUUUUUUCAAUCAUCUGCUGACGUUUUUAUAAAAAUAAGACAAUACAUUAAAAAAUGUGAACUUUUUAGUAGCAUUAUAAAAAAAUAAUGCUUAAUUUUUAUUAGCUGUGCCUGCAACAUGUGCCUUAGCUGGAUAUACUAUGAGUCUUAGUUAUGGGUGCACUAGUAGGAGAUGUGCAAGCAUUACAAACUCUUACGAUUCACACUAGUGAUAUAAACAGCAUCGACUUUGCCAGUGAUUAUAUUUUAGUGACUGCAUCGGGAGAUAAAAGAGUGAGAAUAUGGGGUUGGAAAAGUGGCGAGGGCUACGUCGAGGCCCCAUUUUCACCCCUUUUGGGGCACAAAUAUGGGGUGACUUGUGUCAAAGUCAGUCCUCAAUCCACAAUGUUAGCCUCAUCAAGUAUCGAUGGCACCACUCAAUUAUGGAAUCUCAGGACUGGAUCAAAAAUUCACACAAUGGUUCAAGUAGGGGGUGAAGCAGUAAGAGUUUGCAGAUUUUCACCAGAUUCUUCAGUACUAGUUACUGCAGGUGACAAUGGUCAAACUUGUGUUUGGGACCUGGUUCGUCGAACCUUGAUAAGAUGCUUUCAAAAGCACGAGGGUGCGAUCCAGGGGGUGAGUUUUACACCAGAUUCUUCCUGGUUACUCACUUCUUGUACUUUUGGUGUCAUGAAAUUUUUUUCUACGAAUGAAAUAAUCGAUUCUUGCAUCACAAGUGAUCGAGAAUUGACUCUCUUCGCUACUGUAGAUGAUGCUCAUGAUUUAGGUGUAGUUUGUUGUGAAUUCUCUUCCCGUGAACAUUUGUCUGCUAAUGACCCCUUUGCAAAACUUUAUCAACUGAUUACUUGUGGAAAUGAUCACAUCGUAAAAUUAUGGGAGGUGAGGGUCGCGCAAGAAAAAUGCAACCCUAAAGGUUCAGUUGCUUCAAUAAAUCUUUGUAGAACAAUGGAAAAACAUAGCAGUGCCUUAACCUGUGUACGAAUAAGUUCCAAUGGAAUGUACACUGCCAGUUCUAGCCUUGACAAAACUACCAUUGUUUGGGAAACGGAUACCGGUAAAAUAGUUUCAGUGCUUAAAGGACAUAAUCGCUAUGUUGCUUGUUGCGCUUUUUCGAGGGAUGGUACUCUUCUAGCCACUGGCUCUAAUGACAAGUCUGUCAUCAUUUGGGACUUGACUGGAAAUAUGACGCUAAAUUCUGAAAUGCGACAUGGCUUUCGUCCCUUCCAGUAUUCGGAAAAUAGUGAAAAUUCUUUAGGAGAACGUGAAGUAGUGAAACAUGCAGAAGGAAGUAUGAAUGAUGUGAAACUCAUCCAUAGAAUAGAUGACAUUGGUGGGGCAGUCAAUGGAGUCUCAGUUUAUAAAAAUAAUUUAAUUGCUUCUUGUUCAGGCGAUAAAUUGGUACGAAUAUGGAGCAUUCUACCUGGAGAAUUAGAAGACGAAGAAGUUUCAAUAUCAGAAAAAAGUUUUAGUCCCUUAGAGGGACACAAAUAUAGCGUUCAUCAUGUCGAAUUUAGUCCUUGUGGAACUAUGUUGGCAUCUUGUUCUUUAGAUGGUACCACUGUUAUCUGGGAUACAGAGGUGAUGACGAAUGGAGGACAAGCAAGAUCUUCGUUUAUCAGUUCUGGAUCUGGAAUUCGUGUUUGUCGUUGGUCUCCAGAUGGAACAAAAAUUGCAACUGCAGGGGAUGAUGAAAAAACAACCCUUUGGGAUAUUGAAACUAUGGCAGAAUUGAAAAUUUUUGAAGGUCAAGCAGAUGCCAUAUGUGCAUUAUCUUUUACACCAGAUUCAAGAUAUUUGGUUACUGCCUGUAAUGAAGGAACUUGGGGCCUUUUUGACAUCGAGAGUCAAGAUUCUACAACUUCUAUGAUGAUAUUUUGUAAAAAUGGACAUGAUAUGGGAGUACAGGGAUGUGAUUUUAGUCCUGCUACCGGGCCAUUAAUAGCUUCUGGAUCUUUAGUAACAAAUACAACUGGUGACAAUUUAUCUUACCUCUUAGCAACUUGUGGAAACGAUUCUCUUGUUAAAUUGUGGAGAAUCAACAUUUCUAACGAAAGUGAAGAUGAAGCGAGAGGAUCCAACUACUCUAGAAUAUCACAUAAAUUAAAAAAACAAUUGGCAGGACAUGGAGGGAAUGUUAUGGAUAUUAGAUUUUCAUCUGGUCAAGGGGAAAUUUUAGGCAGUGUCGCAACUGACAAAACUGCUCGAAUUUGGAGCGUCUACACAGGGGCGUGUUUACACGUUCUCGAACGUCAUGAAAGCAUCGUCACAAGCUGUGGAUUUUCCGAAGACAUUUCCCUUUUUGUCACAGGUGCUUUGGACAAGACUGUCUUGGUGUGGAGAUUACCGGAGCAAUUAGUGACCCAGACUGCUUUAUUAAAUCGACUGAGAAACAGUACCAAAAGGGUAACUGAAUGGAAAUUUGAAGAAAUAUCUCAAUGGUUGAUGGAAAUUGGAUUACCUAAUAUUGUCAAGCAUAUCGAAUCGACGUCAAUUACUGGUCAUCAUUUAUUGCACGUAUCUGAAAAUGAAAUCAUCCAUAAACUGCAGAUUAGCGAGGAUGAGGAUACAAUGGAAAAUCUCAGGAAACAAUUAUAUUGGUUAAAACGUGAAAAUUCUAACGCGAUGCAACCGAUAGAUGAGGCUGAAAUACCUUAUGAAUUUUUGUGCCCAAUUACUCAGGAAUUAAUGAAAGAUCCAGUCGAAUGUUCAGAUGGCCAUACGUAUGAAAGAGCAGCAAUAAAUGAAUGGUUUCUGUGCGGAAAGUUUACAAGCCCAAUGACGAAUGAGCCUCUACAUGACAAAAAUGUGACUCCCAAUAUAACUUUAAGAAAUGCUAUAUACGCAUUUCUUCAUGGGGAUGGACCUCAAUCCUGAAAAGGCGAAAGUAAAAUUAGAAGAAAAAAAAUUUUUCUUGUAAUACACUUGAUUGAUAAAUUCUAUUGCCUUUUGUAUGUGCGUGCUUUUAAAACUUAAUUAUAAAAUCAAAAAUCGUUCAAAAAUAUGUCUGCACUGCAAAAUUUUGUUGUAUAAAGAAGAGUGGGUCGAAAACUAAAAUUUUCUUUUCAGAUUUUACUUUUUUUUACAUUUCUAGAUGCAAAAAUCUGGAGAUUUUUCGCGGAGUUUAAUUAAUCAUUUUGCGAGAGAUAAUUCUAAUUAAAUUCGCCCCUGUUUUUUGAAAAACUUCAUAACACUAGUAUAAAUAAAAAAUAAAUUUUUUAUUUUGGUAUCAAAUGAAAUUAGUUUUAUAAAACUUUUGUUAUAAAAAAUUUUCUGAGCUAAUUUGGACUUUCCGAGCAUACAAAAAUAAAAGGAAAAAAUUGACAAAACCCAGAAAUUAAGUUUGGAAAUGCAGGGAAAUUUUUGUAUUCUCAUUUUGAUAUUAAUUUAGAAUAGACCAUUUUUUUAUUAUAUUGAAAAUGCAACUUUUUUGUCAAA